AUGCUGCGUGAUUUCAAGCUUCCAACUCUUCCACGAGACCCAAUUUCCACAUACAUGGUGUUUCGUGGUCUACGCGUUGGUGCUUAUAUUGAUAUUAUGAUCAUCCGAGUUCUUAAUGUAUGGAUUGAGUAUAGUGAUGACUCUCAGGGGCAUAAAAGAACAAUGCAUGUGCUGUGUCUUGACAAAGAGGAACAUAUGCUAGAGGCCUGUAUUGAGGAAGAUGACAUUCAAGAAAUGCAACAUAAGUUGAAAGUAGGAGAUUUACAUGUUCUGGAUGGCUUUCAUGUUAUUCCUGCGAGGGAAAACAGGCGUGUUGUUCCCGCUGAAGUUCGCUUUGCCUUAAGGCGUGAACAUAUAAUAUUUUGUGUGCCUGACAAUCCGGGUUAUCCCAAGUUUCCUGUCAGUGCUUUUCUGAAAACUUCGUUCUCGGCUGUUCCAAUAGAGGCAGAAGCAGUUGUGAAUUAUAGAGAUGUUACAGGUUGCGUUGUUCAUCUAACAAUUCCAGAAUUUUCAAGUAAUGGUGUUCUUAGGUUUGAGCUCAUCAUAGAAGAGAGCAGAGGGGACAGGGCGACACUGUACUACUCUGGAACCGAGGUUACAAAGUAUUUGGAGUUUGUAGGGGAAUCUGAAGCUCGGCUUCCUCUCAUUACCACAAUUACUGCUGUUACAAGGUUGCCAAUUACAGAUGGCACUGGAGAUGCAUAUGUAUUUCAAUCUUCACCUGGAAGUCGUCUCAUCAUUGCUUCUUACAAUCACCAUUAUGAGAAAAUCAUAAAUAGGGUACGAUAUGAAUUACAAGCAACAUGUGAGUGUGAGGGAGAAUAUGUUGAUGUUGUGUUUGAUCAUGAAGCUGUGUUGGGCUUGGUUUGGGUUUCAACUGAGGAACUUUUCAGUCUAACCUAUGAAGAAGGAUAUCAGUACAUUCAAGACAGGUGUUAUGUGCCUUUUAUGGCUGAAGCUUAUGUUGCUCCUGGGACUUCAGGAAAUCCUCCUACAAUUCGAAUUGCUUCAAUCUAG